CUUAGUACAAGUAAAGCAUCACGAUGACUACUUGAAUUGCACAAAUCAGUGAACAAAUGCUAGCUGAAUAAAGUUUAUGAACUGAUAUGUUAAUACUGUAAUCUCCUACAAUCCUACUGCAUUGAAAGCUUCGCUUUUUUUUUCCAACUGUUGCAUAAUUAACUUUCCAUUACAAAAUCGUCUUCAUAAGUUCAUAUAGUAUUUGCUCUAAGCAUAAUAAUGUUGCAACUUGCAACCAUCUUCAGGCCUCCAAUGCAUAAAAACCGGUGUUUCUUAGAUUGGGAGGUUCUCAAGUUACCAUCAAUGGCAAGCACUUGACAUUAAUCUCCAUACCGUCUCAACUUCCUUAGAUUGUACAAUCUGAAAGAAAUCAGUGUUUUCUAACAAACGUGACAUGUUAUCUCCAUUAGACCAUUACAGGCAGUCCAUUGUAAUUUGUGAGCUGCAUAUCAUUGUAGGACGGCAUUCUUUUAUCUGGUCUGUUCAAUCUAUUAUCUCAUCAAUUUAGUCACUAAGGCUUAUGUCACAUACUCACGUAUCUUACACUGUAACUGCAAAUGCAAAGAAACAAAUAUUGUUGAGCACUACAUGCCUGAUUCGGGACAUCUGGCAUCAUAUACAUUCCCUGGUGCCAAUGCGAGAUGCUGCCCAAGCCGCCUGUGUGUCUCGUGCCUUUCUACGUUCCUGGAGAUGCCAUCCCAACCUCAAUUUCAGUAAUGAAACAUUGGGCUUGAAUGAAAAUGCAUGUGGAAAGGAUGAAUCAGGUAGAGUUUUCUACAGCAAAGUUGACCACAUUAUGAAAAGGCACUCAGGGAUUGGCGUGAAGAAACUUAAGAUUCAGAUUACUUCAGAUUUUAGUGCAAAGGACUCUUGUUAUCUCAACAGUUGGCUUCAGACUGCUGUUACACCAGGGAUUGAAGAACUCACACUUAUACUGAUUCCGAUGAAGUCAAAGUACAAUUUGAAGGCAAAGUACAAUUUUCCAUACUCACUUCUAUCAAAUGGGAGUGGAGACUCAAUCCGGUAUCUUCACCUUGGCUGUUGUUCCUUCCAUCCUACAGUCACACUUGGUUGUUUAAGAAGUCUGACGAGACUGCAUCUUUGUCAGGUGCGUAUUACGGGGGACGAGUUAGGGUGCCUUCUUUCCCAUUCUUUUGCUUUGGAGCGAUUGGAACUCAAGAGCUGUGAUUGGAUAGUUUGCCUGAAGGUACCUUGCCUACUGCAACGGCUCAGCUACCUAAUGGUAUAUAGUUGCGCCAAGCUGAAAUUGAUAGACAAUGAAGCUCCAAAUCUCUCCAGUUUUUUAUUUGGAGGAGACAACACGGUACAACUAUCACUUGGAGAAACUUUGCAAAUGAAGAACCUAAACAUGGGCUGUUCCGGUUCAGUUUUUUAUGCUCGUGCUAAACUUCCAUCCACCAUGCCAAAUCUCGAAGCUCUUACCAUAUAUUCACGCAAGGAGAGGGCCCACACACCAAUGCUGCAUAGCAAAUUCAUCCACCUAAGGCACUUGAGUAUUGCUCUUAAUGGAUCACCCUUUUCCCCGGCCUAUGAUUAUUUGUCUCUGGCUUCCUUUUUUGAUGCUGCUCCUUCUCUGGAGACUUUCGACUUGGAUGUAUUCCAGCGACGCAUGGAGCAUGUCUCGAUUUUUGCAGAUCCUGCUGAUCUCAGGCAGAUGCGAGAACUGCACCAUCACAACCUUAAGAGUGUGAAGAUCACAGGAUUCUGCUCUGCGAAGAGCUUGGUUGAGCUAACAUGCCAUAUUGUUGAGAGUAUAACAUCACUUGAGUGCUUGACAUUGGAGGCUCCUCAGAGUAUUCUCAGGUGUUGUGCGCCUUACAACAAAUCUGGCAAAUGCUCCCCAAUGGCUAGGGAUAUUCUCAUGGAAGCUCACAGAGCGGUCUUGGCUAUCAGAACCUACAUCGAGCCUAAGGUUCCCUCCACAGUAAAGCUACAUGUUUUGGAGCCUUGCAGCUGCCAUGCUGUUGAACUUUAGAUGUCAUGUUUAUCUUAAUUGUUCAAUGUUUAAUUAUCGGAAGUGUCCAUUGUUUAGUUGUAGUAGUAUUGCUUCCACUGGUGCUGUCACCCGCUUUAUGGCAUUGCUCAAUGUUUAGCUUUGUAAUGGUACAUGGGUUGCUCACAAGUUAUGAACUCAUAAUUUGAUAGUACCUUCUAUUAAUAACUC